CCGGAAACUAAACAAGCGGAGCAGCGCUCGGCGGAAGAACUCUUUACUGUGUGAAGGCUCAUGGACUCUCCACCUGAAUCUCUCACCUGGUUAGCCGUGGUUACAGCAUGGAGCGCUCUCAUUGGAUGGACGACUCACUGACUGCACUGCCUCCAGAUUUCCAGUCAGCAGCAGGAUGUCAGACUCCUGUGAUGAAGGUGACCAGAGGAAGGUGGCGUCCACCAGCAGGAUAUGGGCAGAGUCUCAGCCAGGUCCGUCCAGGUGUCAGCCCAGCAGACAGGGUUACUGUGGUUACUGCAGAGUCCUCUACAGCAACCUGGACCAGCACCUGUCGAGUCUCAGACACCUGGAUUCUGUUCGGGCGUCCUCCCGAGGCUCCAGCACUGUCUCCUCCUCCAGCAGCAGAGGAACCAAACUGACUCUGCUGGAGCGCUUCCUACAGGACGUCCUGAAGUACCACCCGCACCGCUAUAAUGACCCCAGGCCGUCUCACGCUGACCUCCCGUCAGUCUCCGCCCCUCUGUUGCCAAGGGCGGAACUUGACGACUGGCGGUCGCUGGCCACUCGUAAACACCUGUCCAGCUCUGACAAGGGCUCCUGCCAGCCGGCCAAUCAGAAGCAAGAGGACCGCACGCACCGCCAAUCAGGAGAGGGAUUCACUGGGUUGGGGAGUCACGAGAGGCUGUCUGAGCCUAUCAGAGAGCAGGAAGAACGAGGGAACAUCGGCACAGGGAACACACGGUCAUCACAGGCACAAGCCCCGCCCCCACACCAGCAGGCCCCGCCCCUGUCCACAGGAAGGCUCACAGGAAGACCAACAGGAGGAAAACCAGCACCUCCUCGACCUCAUCACUGCCCCACAGGAGUCCAGACCCUGGUCCCUGUCCAGACCCUGCUCCCCGGCCCCCCACAGAGCCGAGGCCCGCUGAGUUGGCAGAGGGAGAGGAGGGAGGCUCAUAAAGAGGAGGCGUUCUCCUCGGACCACUGCGACUCUCUGGACCGGACCAUCGAGGAGGUGAUCCAGGUGUGUUGUCAUGGUGUGACUUCCACUCCCUACCAGCAGGAGGAGACAGAGAGCUUCCACUUCAGCCUUCCCGUCUCCAUGGAAACACAGAGUGACGACUGGGACUCACCUGUACAGAGAGCACAAACACUCGAGGGGACACCUCUCCAGGUGAGCCAAGGGGGGGGGCAGGACCUCAGCUGUCUAAUGGAUGUUCAAGUGGACCUGGAGGACCAGGUGUACUCGUACCAGCUACACUCCGCCCUCCACAGUGAGCAGCGAACAGGGGGCGGGGCCAGGCAGAACGAGGGCUUCUGGAGUUUGCCGAUAGAGGAGGUGUUGCCGGCUCCGGAACAUAUCCCAGAAUCCUUCAGGGGGAAGACCUGGACCCAGAUUGAACAGGAGGACGAGGGGAAGGUGGAAAAACUGGUCCGACAGUUCAGACGGGGGAGAUUCAUCUGCUACUUCGACACCGAGUCUCUGGCCAGGUACGGUAGGAGGAGCCAAAACAAAGGGCGUGGUGAGAAAAAGGAGGAGGAGCCAGCCAAUGGCAUCCUGCCGUUGUUGGACUGUGAUGACAAUGACUCAUCGUACGUUAGGAGGAGGAGGACAAAGAGGCGGGCCUUCAGAGUGGCUUCCAGGUGUCAGGUCGUCAAAGUCAGUCACAGCACUCAGACGAUCCGAUUGGUCGUCCCAGCCGUCCGUGAACCAGCCUCGGAGGCCCCGCCCACUAGUGUCCCUACAGCCAAUCAGGAUGCAGCAGAGAGGACUCCUGAAGUGCAGACGUGGUGCUGCCUCCCUCCGUCGUAUUCAAAUAUCGUCACACCUCUGCAGCCUCGCACCUCCCUGGUCUACCUGCUCUGCUCCCCCUCAGGCUCCGCCCACACCUACACACCUGCGCAAGGCUCCGCCCUCAAACGCUGUAGGAAGAAGAGGCGUCCGUUGGACCCUCAGGGGUUAAAAGUCAAAUACAAACAACUUCCUGUCAGGUUCUACGACCCCAGCAGCAACCGCAUCCUGAAGAAAGCCCCUAAAGGCUUCGCCCCCUCCAGCCCCCCCCGCCGCGUCCGUCAGCUGUUCAGAAGUCUGAGUCUGGACCUGAACGCAGACAGACCGCCAGGGGAGGAGGCCGCAGGGUCCUCCAGGGUCAAAGGUCAGAGGUCAUCAGGCACGCCCUUCAGACAUGCCAAAAGUUUCAAUGUGAGCACACUCAGUAGGGACUCAGCAAAGACUGACGAACAAGACACAGUCAGGAGGCGGAGCAAGACAUCUCAAGCCCCUCCCCCUCACAUCAGGUCAGAGCGGGGGAGGGGGGGGAGGAGGGACAGGACAGAUCCCCCCCCCUCCAAGAUACGAACCAGGGCUCAAUCCACCCUCCCACAGCCCAGGAGGGAAGGCCUACGUCGGGCAGGACCCGGCGGUAAAGUCCCCUAUCACCCUCCGUCACCCCGCCGGGGGAGGGGCCGCAGGGGGCAGGGCUACGAGAGGGGGCGGAGGUAGCAGGACAGGUAUCCUGUUCAUGUAGCACCUGUUCAGGAGCAGGACACCUGUUCAUGUAACGGGACACCUGUUCAUGAAGCACCUGUUCAUGAUUAGGACACCUGUUCAUGUAACGGGACACCUGUUCAUGUAACGGGACACCUGUUCAUGAAGCACCUGUUCAUGAUUAGGACACCUGUUCAUGUAACGGGACACCUGUUCAUGUAACGGGACACCUGUUCAUGAUCAGGUCCACUUGUUGUAAUGACGUAAAAAUGUAAUUUUACGUUACUUUUGAUUUAUAUUUUUUUAUUUAAUUAAAUAUUAAAGUGAAAUAAAUCAUGAGAAUUUAAAUUUGCACACAAAUAGAAAAAGAAACUGGAAGUUGAUGAACUUAUUUUAUUAUAAUGUCGGCAGCUAUACGUUUCUGUAACUCUAAACACACCUGGUCAGGUGGGACCUGCCUCUUCUUCAGGUACUGUUGUUUGAUUUUUUUAUACCUUUACACUCUGGUGUUUAUUUAAAUAUCAAUAAGUUAGUGUUGAAUAAACAACUUUUAUAACCUGAA